UCUGACCCGCAAAUAUUUCUUUAAUUAACGGCCCUCCGUCAAAACCCGCUUCUUAACGUCAGUGGUGAGACCUUUGUGACUGUGAGUGAAGGAAGAUAAUGCAGACUCACCUUCUGGUGGGUCCCGCCCCAAUCAAGGGCUGCCGUCGGCUCUCAUCCGCCGCCUUCUCCGGCCAUCUCCUCCCUCCGUCGUUCAAUCCUCUUGGCCGUGACCUAUACCACCACCGUCGAAGGCACCGUGACGGCAGAUCUCGGUGUCACCGCACUCGCUGGAAAACCACUGUUGCUUCUUCGUCGUCUUCUUCGGCUUACAAUUCCGGCGGGAAGAAUCACUACGUUGUUCUGGGCAUCGCUCGCAAUUCCACACAAGCUGACAUUAAGAGAGCUUAUCGCCUGCUCGCUCGAAAGUUUCAUCCUGAUGUGAAUAAGGACUCUAGAGCCGGAGAGUUAUUCAAGAGCAUUCGUUGUUCCUACGAAGUACUAUCUAAUGAAGCUACAAGGACUCAGUACGACCGAGCACUUAAACUUCAAGAAAAUUCCAAGUUCUCUAGAGUGAAAACGCACUACUACAACACUCUUGACCCUGAGCUUGAAGAUGCCAUGAAGUAUUAUCACAGCUGGUCUGAGAAAAGACGGGCAUCCAGAUACGACAGAGUCCAUGGACAAUAUUCUACGUAUCCAAACCCACAUUUCUACAGUGAGACCGACAGUGAGCCACAAGAAGAAGAAGAAGAAACGGCACAAGAACAGAGCGACUCCUUUGUCAAUGCUCUCAAAUCCGCUUUCCUAUCGAUGUUUCUCUUAUAUACACUCGGGUGUCUAGCAUCUCUCACGUUUAGCACCUUCACGGCUUUGUUCGACAAGGAACUUGACAUGGGUUACAAAGUCGGGUUCAUGAUUGCUUGGAUACUAGGUGGCAAAGGCGGUAUCCUUCUCACUCUCUGUCUAACGUUUGCAAGCUGGCUAUGUGGGAAAGCGAGCAGCAGUGUGGUGGUUCUUGUGGUAGUUGCGAUGUGGGUUGGCUCCAAUUUAGCUAGACAUGCUCCUCUUCCACAAGGAGCUCUUCUCACCCUCCUCUACAUGUCAAUCAAGCUUCAAGUCGACUCGAGGUGAAUCUUUUCCGAUUUCACACGUACGUCGGUUUAAUUUAAUCUCAAAGCUAGGUUGUAAAUAAUUAGAUGCACAUUGUUAACUUCUCUGUUGCCAAUUUCUCGUAAGAUGAGGAGUGUGCUCCUAUGAUCUGAUGAUCUGUAUUUUUGAUUUUGCGUGUGGAGAAAAUUGAAUACUAAGUAGUAAAGAGAAGAAAUUGCUUGAAA